ACUCUUGCGUUGUCUCUGUGCAUCUUCCCUUUCUUUCUUCAGCUCCACCGACUUGUCAUAUAUAAAAGAGCCCCUCACUUUUCUCCAUAUUUACGACCCUAGCCCAUCAAAUUAGGGUUUGUUUUCAAUGAGAACUUCCUGAAUCCUUGUCUAGUUGCCUUCAAUUCCUCACUCUUUUUUUUUUUUUUGUCUCUGUUCUCUUUCUUUGUCUGAAUUCUCCGGGUCAGCUUGGCGAGUGGGGGUAACGAAAAUGCUUGAGUGGUGUCUGGGAGCCCGCCGACUCCGCCAGAUCCAGCGGACGGCUUGCCGCGGCACCUUGUGGUUCCUAUCCCUCCUCCUAACGUUCGUCGUGCUACGCGGAACCAUCGGCGCCGGGAAGUUCGGGACACCAGAGCAGGACUUCAACGAGAUCCGCGAGCACCUCCACUCGCGCGGCAGGCGCGUGGAGCCCCGCCGCGUUCUCGUGGAGGUCCAGCCCGACUCCGAGUCCGACCAGUCCAACAAUUACGCCACAUUCGAUAUUUCGAAGAUCCUCGUGGACGACGAACCGGAGGAAAAACCCGACCCGAACAAACCAUACAGUCUCGGCCCGAAAAUCUCGGACUGGGACCAGCAGCGAGCUGAGUGGCUCAAGAAUAACCCGGAAUUCCCGAACUUUAUCAGACCAAAUAAGCCCCGGGUCCUUCUGGUGACCGGUUCUUCCCCGAAACCCUGCGAAAACCCUGUCGGCGAUCACUACCUGUUGAAGUCCAUCAAGAACAAGAUCGAUUACUGCAGGCUACAUGGGAUCGAGAUCUUCUACAACAUGGCGCUUCUAGACGCCGAGAUGGCUGGUUUCUGGGCGAAACUGCCAUUGAUUCGGAAACUCCUCCUCUCGCACCCCGAAAUCGAAUUCCUCUGGUGGAUGGACAGUGACGCAAUGUUCACCGACAUGGCGUUCGAGGUCCCCUGGGAGCGCUACAAGGACCACAACUUCGUGAUGCACGGUUGGAACGAGAUGGUCUACGACGACAAGAAUUGGAUCGGGUUGAACACCGGUAGCUUUUUAUUACGGAAUUCCCAGUGGUCGCUGGACAUUCUCGACGCGUGGGCUCCAAUGGGUCCCAAGGGAAAGAUCCGAGACGAGGCCGGGAAGGUCCUCACGCGAGAGCUCAAGGGCCGGCCGGUCUUCGAGGCGGACGACCAGUCGGCUAUGGUGUAUCUGUUAAUGAAGGAAAGAGACAAAUGGGGAAACAAAGUGUAUCUAGAAAGCGCGUAUUAUCUUCACGGUUAUUGGGGGAUUUUGGUGGACAGGUACGAGGAGAUGAUGGAGAAUUACCAUCCGGGGCUGGGCGACCACCGGUGGCCACUCGUGACUCACUUCGUCGGGUGCAAGCCAUGUGGGAAGUUCGGGGACUACCCGGUGGAGCGGUGCCUAAGGCAGAUGGACCGGGCGUACAACUUCGGAGACAAUCAGAUCCUGCAGAUCUAUGGGUUUACGCACAAGUCGCUGGGCAGCCGGAGAGUGAAGCGGGUGAGGAACGAGACAAACAAUCCACUCGACGUGAAGGACGAGCUCGGGUUGCUUCACCCCGCUUUCAAGGCUGUCAAGAUAUCUUCGACGGUUUCUUGAGCUCUGCUUGCAACUCCACGUUGCUCUUUCUCUGUUUCACAUUUUGGUAAGUUAUCGAUACGAGUCAAUGUUAAUGUUGUAUGUUAUUCUGAGUAUUUUGUAUUAUCCUAAUCACUUGAAAUUAUAUUGAUUUUUGGAAGAAAUCACAGCAGCAAUUCUUAUUACCUUCAA